AUGGGUAGUGAAAGAAUCCAGAUACUGCUGAGAUCUGGUUUUAGCAAUAUUCUUGCUGUUGUAUUACCUUUGGACACAGGCAAAAAAGGAAGUCUUUGCUUUAGAGGGCCCCCUUUGGCCAUUCUUCAGUUGUUUGCUCACAGGGUUCCCCCAAGAGACUUGGCUGUGCUACUGUGCAAUAAAUCCAGUGCAUUUUACAGCUUUGGUAAAUGGAAUGAAGCAUUGCUUGCUGCCAAGGAGUGUCUUCAGUGGGACCCAACCUAUGUGAAGGGAUACUACCGAGCUGGUUAUUCUUUACUGCGCUUGCAUCAGCCAUAUGAAGCUGCUCGUAUGUUUUUUGAUGGUUUACGACUUCUGCAGAGCAGCCAGGACCAAGCACAAGUUCCUGAUUUCCUUGUUGGGAUCUUCACCACUGUGAGCAGUGACUCCAUUGUUUUGCAGAAUUUCUUACCCUGCUUUGAUCAUAUUUUCACUACUGAAUUUUCAACAGAGGUGUGGCAAUCUGCCAUAGAAAAGUUGGCAAAGAAAGGAUUAUGGCAUUCAUUUUUACUAUUGUCCACAAAGAAAGACCAACUGCCAAGAAAUAUCCAUGUCCCUGAGUUAUCACUGAAAAGACUCUUUGAGAAAUAUGUCUUCAUUGGGAUUUAUGAAAAAAUGGAACAGGUGCCCAGAUUGGUCCAGUGGCUGAUCUCCAUUGGUGCAAGUGUCGAGACCAUAGGACCCUGCCCUCUCCAUGCCCUCAUGAGGCUCUGCAUUCGAGCAGGUGAAAACCAACUUUUUAGAUGGCUAAUGAACAGCAGGCCUGAGUGGAAAGGCCGCAUCAACCAAAAGGAUGAGGCUGGUUGCACUGUUUUGCAUGUUGCUGCUGCCCACUCCCCAGGAUAUUCCAUCAAGCGACAAACAGAGAAUGUGCAGAUGCUCUUGCGCCUUGGAGCAGACCCCACUAUUCUCAAUCGACAGUCUCGGUCUCCUGUGGAUGUCCUGAAGAGGAAUAAGAACUUCAAAGCCAUUGAGAAAAUCAACAGUCACUUGGAAAAGCUGGCUACAUGUUCUAAAGACCUAACAGGACUCAGAAAUGGUGAUGGAUCUAUUACUGAUGGUGACAUUUUCCGGAAGACUUCUGAGCAGCUGGUGCAGUGCAUGAACUCAGGAAACUGGUUAUUGCAUAACAAUUUUCUGAAGGAAGAAGUAGUUCAGAGGUUCUUACACCUUCUUUCUUCUCUGCAAGAAAUUCCUCCUGAUUUGAUCUGUGACAUUAAUCAAGAUUGUGCCAACACCUUCAUUAAGUUCUUACUGGAAAACCAGAAAUGGCCUGAAGUACUUUUGCUGCUGACUCGAAAAGUGAGUGGGGAGCCACCACUUGGAGAUUGCCUCAUCAAAGACUGCAACCUUUCAGACUUGGACAUUUGCACAGUCAUCCCCCACCUCAGUGUCUGGGACCAACGGAAGACACAGCUGCUAGGUUGUCUGAUAGACAGUGGAGCCCUGCCAGAGGGCCUCCAGGAGAACCAGGGGAGGCCACUUCUCAUGUGCCUGAGACACAAGGACUUUGAGUUGGCUUUUCUUCUUUUGACCAAGGGUGCAGACCCUCGUGGUAUUUCUCUCACAGAAGGUGAUACUCCUUUACAUGCUGCACUCCACAUCUUUCUAGAUAUCAAUGCUGACAUUGGCUUUAACUUCCUCAGUCACCUGUUGGACUUAUUUUGGUCUAACCCUGCGGAAUUUUACUACCUGAACCCGAAUAUCCAGGAUAGCAAUGGGAACACACUGAUGCACCUCCUCUUCCAGAAAGGCAUGCUGAAGCGUACAAAGAAGCUGGUCGACUUGCUGGUGAAGUUUGACAUCAACUUUAACCUGAAGAAUAAAGAAGGCAAAGAUGCUCGGUACCGGAUUAAGAAGAAUGAUGCCCUGCUUUUGGCCUGGAACAAAGCACUAACAGAAAGCAAGCGGAAGAGCCGGCAAGAUUCUGCUGCCCACUUUGGGAAGCUCUCGAAGCCUUCUGCCCCUUGUCAUAUGUCUCAGCUCAAGUCCCAGGGUUCCUUCAAGUCACUACCAUGUGACAUCUCUGCUAGAACCCUCUCUGCAGGAGCCACAGUUUCUAAUAUCUGGGAAAUUCUCCCUGAUACCCAGGUGGGCAGGCAGGAACCUGAAGCCACCAGGCCCCUCUCCCUGAGAGAUCGCCUUGUGCAAGACAUCACAGUUUUGAUUCAGCAGGUUGAAUUGGAUAUGUCUCCCUCAGAGGACUGCCCUCAGCACUCUGAGCCUCUUGAGGUAGGAACUGGCAUGAAAGGAAAGAAAGAUAAACUCCAGCAAACUUCGAAUGUGGGAAGUUCUGAUUGUAGUAGGAACAAUUCUGCUGUCCCAGAGGCCAAGGAAGGAGCUAUUCAGGUAGGGUCUGGGGCCUCACAGCUUGUUCCUAAUGGUAACAGAGGGAGGGAGGGCAGUGAUGACCAGGACAACCAGAGCAUGCAAGACAUUGAGGAUUGCCUGCAGGACUUUGAUAACAUGACCUGGGAGAUUGAAUGCACUUCAGAAAUGUUAAAAAAGCUGUCCAGUAAGAUGAUGACCAAGGUCUUAAAAAAGAAAGUAAUCUUUACCAUCCAGCAGCUGGGUAAUGGUGAGUGGACCCAGAGCUUGCAGAAACGACUGAAGCACUCUAAAGGAGACAUCCAGCUCUUUGAAGCAAAGCUGGAUAGAGGAGCCCGGAUGCUGUGGGAGCUUGCCAUUGACUUUUCUCCUAGAUGUAGUGAGAACCCAGAGAAGGUUGUUGCUACAGAUCGGAAAACAUGCUCCAUGGAGAAGUCAGGGAGAGUCUACACAGAAAUCAUCCGGAUCUGGGACAUUGUCUUAGAUCAUUGCAAGCUUUCAGAUUCCAUCAUGGCCAUCUGUAGUGCCUACAACCGAGGUUUGUCCUGUGUCUUGCGUAAGAAGCUAAAGGGUAUCAACAAAGGCCAAGUGUCAGCAAACAUGAAAAUCCAAAAGCGAAUACCUCGCUGCUAUGUGGAGGACACAGAGGCAGAGAAGAAGAGGCAGUAUGUGGAUCCUGAGUAUUUUCCACCGGCUAGUGCUGUGGAGACAGAGUAUAACAUCAUGAAGUUCCACAACUUCAGCACCAACAUGGCCUUCAACAUCCUCAAUGAUAUGACAGCAACCAUGGAGUACCCCUUCCGAGUGGGCGAACUUGAAUAUGAAGUGAUCAACCUCAACCCCAGGCCACUGGAGCCCAUCAUCCUCAUUGGGAGGAGUGGCACUGGGAAGACAACCUGCUGUUUGUACAGGUUAUGGAAGAAAUUUCACACUUACUGGGAAAAAGCUGAUCAGGCAGGAAGCCCAUUGCUGGCCAAACAGGUCUUGCCAAAGAGAAAAUUAGAAGAGGAUGCUGGAAAGGAGGACCCAUGUAAGGAAGAAAAUGAAGAAGAGGAAUGUUUUUUCAAAUCGGAAACAGUAGAAAGCAUAGAUGAGGAGCAAGAGAGUGAGUCUUGUGUAGCAGGAGCUGGAGUGGAGCUUGCAGAAGGUGGCCAACUGGAAGAAGAGUAUGUACCAGAACAUCCCCAACAGCUGGAGCAUCUACACCAGAUAUUUGUAACCAAGAACCAUGUCCUAUGCCAGGAAGUACAAAGAAGUUUUAUUGAGCUUUCCAAGUCUACCAAGGCCACUAGUCACUACAAACCACUGGAUUCCAGUGUCCACAAACUUCAGGAUCUGAAGGAUGAGAACUUUCCUCUGUUUGUUACUUCAAAACAGCUCCUUCUUUUGCUUGAUGCCUCUCUACCCAAACCAUUUUUUAUGAGAAAUGAAGAUGGCAGUUUGAAGAGAAGCAUAUUGGGAUGGUCCACACAGGAAGAGUUGAAUAUCCCCAUUUGGCAAGAAGAUGAAGAGGAGGCUGAGGCAGAUGGGGACAAUAGUGAGGAGGAUAAAUCUGCAGAAGCACGUUCAGGUGACAGUGAUCCUCGGAUAUAUGUGACAUUUGAAGUGUUCACUAAUGAGAUAUGGCCCAAAAUGGUCAAAGGAAAAACUUCCUACAAUCCUGCAUUGAUUUGGAAAGAAAUAAAAUCUUUUCUGAAGGGUUCUUUUGAAGCUCUUAGCUCCCCUGAUGGGAGACUCACUGAAGAAGCAUAUAAAAAAUUAGGGAGGAAACGAUCCCCCAAUUUCAAGGAAGACCGGAGUGAGAUCUACAGUCUCUUCUGUCUUUAUCAGCAGAUCAGAUCCCAGAAAGGGUAUUUUGAUGAAGAGGAUGUUCUGUAUAAUUUGUCCCAGAGGCUGUCAAAGCUCAAGUUACUCCCUUGGUCCAUCCAUGAACUCUAUGGUGAUGAGGUUCAGGACUUCACCCAAGCUGAGCUGGCCCUGCUGAUGAAAUGCAUUAAUGACCCAAAUGCCAUGUUCCUUACUGGAGAUACAGCCCAGAGCAUAAUGAAGGGUGUGGCCUUCCGUUUUAGUGAUCUUCGAUCUCUGUUCCACUAUGCCAGCAGAAAUACGGUAGAUAAACAGUGUGCUGUUCGGAAACCCAAGAGAAUCUACCAGCUGUACCAGAAUUACAGGUCUCAUUCUGGAAUCCUCAAUUUGGCAUCUGGAGUGGUAGAUUUACUCCAGUUCUAUUUCCCAGAAUCUUUUGAUCGCCUUCCAAGGGAUUCUGGCCUCUUUGAUGGUCCCAAACCAACUGUCCUGGAGUCUUGUAGUGUAAGCGACUUGGCAAUUUUGCUACGAGGGAACAAAAGGAAAACCCAGCCUAUUGAAUUUGGUGCUCACCAGGUAAUACUUGUUGCUAAUGAAAUGGCAAAGGAGAAAAUUCCAGAAGAGCUGGGAUUAGCUCUUGUGCUAACUGUUUAUGAAGCAAAAGGAUUGGAAUUUGAUGAUGUCCUUCUUUACAACUUUUUUACUGAUUCUGAGGCUUACAAAGAGUGGAAGAUCAUUUCCUCAUUUAUACCGCCAUCUGACUCCAGAGAGGGAAACUGGCCAUUGGCUGAAGAGCCCUUGGAGAAACCUAGCCCUUCUCAGGUUCGAUCCCUCAUGGUAAAUCCAGAAAUAUACAAGCUACUCAAUGGAGAGCUGAAGAAGCUGUACACGGCCAUCACCCGGGCUCGAGUCAACCUCUGGAUCUUCGAUGAAAACCUAGAGAAACGAUCUCCUGCUUUCAAAUAUUUCAUUAGAAGAGAUUUUGUUCAAGUAGUGAAGACAGAUGAAAAUAAAGACUUUGAUGAUAGCAUGUUUGUCAAGACAUCAACUCCUGAGGAGUGGAUUGCACAAGGAGAGUAUUAUGCUAAGCACCAGUGCUGGAAGGUUGCAGCCAAGUGUUACCAGAAAGGAGGUGCAUUUGAGAAGGAAAAGUUGGCCUUGGCCCACAACACUGCCCUGAACAUGAAAUCCAAGAAAGUCAGCCCCAAGGAAAAGCAGUUGGAGUAUUUGGAACUGGCUAAGACCUAUUUGGAAUGCAAUGAGCCAAAGCUGUCCCUUAAGUGUCUAAACUAUGCCAAGGAGUUCCAGCUCUCUGCCCAGUUGUGUGAGAGGCUUGGAAAGAUAAGAGAUGCUGCGUAUUUCUAUAAGCGAAGCCAGUGCUACAAAGAUGCUUUCAGAUGCUUUGAGCAGAUUCAGGAAUUUGAUCUAGCUCUCAAAAUGUACUGCCAAGAGGAGCUUUUUGAGGAAGCUGCUGUUGCAGUGGAAAAAUAUGAAGAAAUGCUAAAGAACAAGACCUUUCCUGUUUCUAAGCUCUCCUAUUCUGCUAGUCAGUUUUACUUGGAAGCUGCAGCAAAGUACCUGAGUGCAAAUAAGACCAAAGAAAUGAUGGCUGUCCUUUCCAAGUUAGAUGUAGAAGAUCAGCUGGUGUUCCUGAAGUCUCGAAAAUGCCUAGCAGAGGCUGCAGACCUGCUGAACAGAGAGGGUCGGAGAGAAGAGGCUGCCCUGUUGUUGAAGCAACAUGGCUGCCUCCUGGAGGCUGCUAGGCUCACUGCUGACAAGGACUUCCAGGCCUUGUGUCUGCUGGGGGCUGCUCGCCUCAAUGUGGCUAGAGAUUCUGACAUAGAACAUACUAAGACCAUUCUAAGAGAAGCACUUGAUCUUUGCUAUCAAACUAGUCAGCUCUCUGGCAUUGCUGAGGCCCAGUUCCUGCAGGGAGUUAUCCUGAAAGACUUUCAGAAGCUCAAAGAUGCCUUCCUCAAGUUUGACAUGCUUAACCAUUCAGCUGGAGUGGUGGAAGCACUCUAUGAAGCAGUCAGCCAGUGUGAAGCUGAGCCUGAGAAGGUUCUAGCUCUGGCUCCAUGGGGCUUGGAAGUCCUUCUUAAUCUAGUCAAAGCUCUCAAAAGAGUGACCAACAAUGCUGAGAAAGAAAUGGUCAAGUCUUGCUUUGAGUUUUUUGGAAUUUCCCAGGUAGAUACCAAGUAUUGCCAGAUAGCGCAGAAUGAUCCUGGGCCCAUAUUGAGAAUAAUUUUUGACCACCUAGACUUGAACUUAAGAGAGAGGAAAACUAAAGAUUAUUUUAUGAUAAUGACUGACCAAGUGAAAUUAGCCCUAAACAAGCACCUUUUGAGCAGACUGUGUCACAUUACACACAGCCUGCUUGGAAGGAGCUACCCAGAGGUCUGCAUGAGGUUUAUUGCUGGCUUAAAAUGUGAAGAUGAAAACUGUGAAGAUUUCCACAGGCCUCUGAGGCGCUGUGAGGCCAAAUGUAUGGUUCAGUCGAAAAUGCACCUAGUGGCAAUCAAUGGAUUGCUUUUGGAAGCCAAAAAAGUAUUUCCUAAAACUUUAACUGAAGAACUUGAAGAAAUAGAUUGUAUUUUGUCUUCAGAUAUGUAUAGCCUUUGCAAAUCCUUCCUAAAUGUUCUCUUCCCUAGACAUUUCCAUCAGAGAGUGCUGUCAGAAAACCCUAUGGCAUGUAAAGAAAUCCUCAAGCCAAAUUACAAAUCUUUCCGAUUCUAUAGAGUUGCCCUGAAAGCAUACGUCCGUGAUCUGUUUCAAAAAGAAAGCGCACGCAAUCGCCGUGAGUCCACAGACCUGUGGCUGAGUGCCAUGCAGGCUUUCCUUCUCUCCUCCAGUUACCCAGAGGAGUUUGAGAAGCUGCUCUACCAGGAGGAGGACAACUAUAACAGGGAGCUGAAAGCUCUGGAGUCCAACAAAGAGGAAAAGGGCAGGGGGAGAAGCAGCCGCAUGAAGGGCAUAGAAGGAAAAUUUGGCAUGCUAGUGCCCAACAAGGAGGAUGAGAGUACAGAGAAGAUCUACCUAUGCUUCAUCCGGCUGCUGGAGAAUUCCAUUGACCAGCUGUAUGUGCACAGGAAUCCAGAAGAUUACAAGAGGCUCUUUUUCCGUUUCAUGAAUGUCCUUAUCAAGAGGUGCAAAGAGCCACUUAUCCCCAGCAUUGGCAACACGGUGGCACUGUUGGAAUUCCAGUUUGUCCACUGUGGGGUGGUGCUGGUCCGCCUCUGGAAGAAUUCUGUUCUGUGCCUCCCCAAAAGCUAUAUUGCACUCCUGCACUACUGGGAGUUCCUGUCUAGCAAGAAGGACAAAGAGGUUGGGGACGUGUUUUCCAUCAUUCAGGAAUACAAGCCAAAGGAUGUAAAUAGAGCCAUUCAAGACUUCCGAUUUCAUCUCUCCUAUCUUGUCAAGGUGCUAUGUGGCUAUGAGAAUGUGAACUUCAAUGUCCUGCUUGAUGCCUUUGGUGAAAUAGACUAUGUGGUCUCAGGUGAGGCUGAGCGGGCACUGGUGCUAUGCUUGGUUAUGUUGGUAAAUGCUGAAGAGAUCCUCCAGCCCUUCUGCAAGCCACUUUUGUACCGCCACUUCCAGGAGAUUGAGACAAGGCUGCAGCUAAUGAGCAUGGACUGGCCUAACCAGGUUCCUGAGAGGCUUCGGAAGGUUGUACGGCGAGUGUUAAUGGCAGUCAGUGUGAAGUCUGUGGCUGAAGCACUCCAGGACCUACUCUUUGAGCGAGAUGAAGAGUAUCUGAUGGACUGCCACUGGCGGUGGGACAGUGCUCAUACUAAAGGGUCUGUGGUCCAUGGCCUCUGUCAUGAGGAGGUCAGACUAAACCGCUUGCUCUGUGUGGGUCCUGUGGACUACUUUAGUGAACUUGAGUGUGAAUUUAGUCAGGAUGAGACAGAUGAGGUGAUGUUGGAAGAUCGAGAUCACAUUCUGGCUGCCAUCCUUUCUCAAAAGCAGUGGAAGGCCUCCAUCCAACGUAAACUCAGAAGAACCUGCCUGGUGGUGUCUUUGUGCAUUAGUUGGAAGAGAUGGGUCCAGACUAAGCACACCAAUGAGGAGGUCAGGGAGCCUGGGGCCAGCAACUUCAAAAGGGCUGAUGUGGACAGGACCCAGUGUGACCUCUGUGGCGUGAAGUUCACUCGCAAAUCUGAUAGCUACUUUGGCCCCAGCAAAGUGUUUGAGGGAGCAACCUCAGAGGUUGCCAUCCUUUCCAGGGCAGAGCUAGAAGGGAAGGAAUGUCGGGAGAGGAGCAGUGAGUCUUAUGAGCAGCACAUCAGUCUGGAGAGUCACCAGAAGCAGCAAGUGGCCUACCAGAAAUACUUAGAAUUUUUUCAUGAGAAGGUGGACCCGGCCAUUAGUCAAGGCAAACUAGUAGUGCAGGACAUAGAGGAGAGCGUGUGGGUCCACAGUCACCUGGGCUCCAAAGAGCACAGCCACAUGCUGCAGAGGAAGAUUCAGGAGCAUAUCAGAAGGGUUUCAGACUUGGUGGAGGAGCUCUAUAGGCGAAAGGCCUGGGCUGAAGCGGAAGAGGCAAUGGCUCAGCGGAUCAGAGUUCUAGCCCUGUCAGUCAGGGAUGCACAGGAUUGGCUGAUGAAGACAGAGCACCACUUAAAGGAAGAAGGUAUUGUUCAGGAAGAUGAUUAUGAGAAUGAAGUUGAAGACUUUGGUGAGCUCCGUCCUAGAAGACGUUCACGGAAAUGUGGAAAGCAGCGAAAAUACUAGUGCAUUUUCACACAACUACUGUCUCCUAAGCCUUCAGAACAUUCUAACCUGUCUUAGAAUUCUAA